AUGAGUGACAAUUGGAUUACUAUCUGGGACAACACAGCAGAAGCAAGAACCAUCUAUGUAUCAGAGAGUAUCACUCCCUUGACAGGUUGGGAGCCUAAGGACAUUAUUGGUAAAGAAGGUUUCGAGCAGUUUCAUCCUGAAGACCGUGAUAAUUUGCACAAGGUACACUUAAUGAACGUCUACAACGAGAAGAUGUCAUCCAUGGUGUCCUAUCGCUAUCUCACAAGAAACAGCAGUUACAUCAAAUUGGAAACUAUCAUUCAUUAUUGCCAUGAUGUGAUUAUUGGUUGCAACUAUUUAUACGACGAGAACUCGAUGGAGCAUAAAAUACGUGCAAAUACCGUAGAUGAAGUCUUUGUCUGUCAACCGGACGGAAGACUAGAAGCUGCUGGAUUAUGGAAUGAUCAGAAGACAAAGGCAAAGCCAAAAGUGGCCAAGGAAAAGGUUUGGCAAGACAAUCGACUUAUCCUGUCUCAAGAGCGUCAAUUCUGUUUGAUUCUCAACAGAUUUGCAGAGGAUUUGAAUAUUGUGUUUGCCUCCAACAUGGCUACCGAGCUAGUGUCUCUGGAUGUUCAAAAGGCUAUAGGCACAUCGUUCUUUGAUUACGUAAAUGAGAAAGAUGCCCAUUAUCUGGAUUCGCAGAUUGACUUGGCUCGAGAACAGAACAUGGUUGUGCGACUACGGUUUGACUGGAUUAUCGAUUAUGAAAACAACAUUUCUGAGCCUGUGGAGGCCAUUGUAAGCAGCACUGAUGAUGGUAUUGUGAUGGUGACGAGAUUAGCUCCCCGUAUGCUUGUAAAUAUCCCACAACAAUAA